AUGUUCGGACGUUCAUCAUGAACUUUGACGUCUGUAGAAUACCGCUUCCAUCAGCUGACACCUAUUCUCGACUCGAACGACGUACUAUGCCUCUAGCUUACACAUGAAUAGACUCGCCUUCAUGGUUCCCGCAUGAGUCAAGCCAAGAGCCGGCUUUGUAACGGAGUUCUACGGACUCCAAUAAUAAAUUGCUUCCGCUCGUGCUGAAUAUCUUGUCUCACGACCGCCACGAUCUUGCAAGCAUCGUCGGGGGAGGGAUUGCAUUCUUGUCAGUAUGACGAGCACCACCGUUAUUACGGCUGCUGAACAAGAUGCAAUAUUCCUUCGACCCCGACCACUUGUAUUAUCGUCCGGCUCUUUCCUAUUACUACCGCUUCUUUCGCACCGGGUUCCGCUCAAACCAUUACCUACCGAAAUAUGGAUUCAAAUACUCGCUUAUGUCUUCGCUGAUUACGAUUCUGAGGAGCCUGCUUUGUUGUCGGAGAAUAGGAAACUGAGUUUAUUGUUGGUGUGCAAGAAGCUGAGCGACGUUGCUUUGCCUCUUUAUUACAGCCACGUUCACUUGGUCAAGCCCCUUGCUUUGCAACGGUUCACAGACGUACUCCUCGCGGCGGAUAAGAAAUGGGACUCGAUACGUCGAAUACCCUACUCAGCUCCAGGUCGAUGGGUUCAAACCCUCGACCUCUCAGACAUGCAUGUCGGACUCUGGACCGAAGCCAUUCAAAUCGACGCCUUCCUCACGAAACUAUUUCCUCUACUCCCUUUUCUCUCGUGUCUCGUGCUGAACCCUACUGUGAAUUUGAGUCGAAGGGCAAUCGACAGUUUGUGUAACCGAGAUGGGAACCAAAAUUUACGAGCUUUAAAGGGAAUUAAGCUCUCAUCGGGUUCUUCAUCAGAAGUGGAGCCAUUCUUGCAGGUGCUGCGAUGUUGUCGCAACCUGGAAGAACUGACCAUUGUGGGAUCUGGUAUCGAAGCUGUGCAGUUGUCAAAUGCUUCAGGACAUACACCCACUGUGGAGGUCCCGGAAGACUUCAAGCCGCUUGUACUUCUACGAUUACGGAAGUUGGCGUUGAUAUCUAUGCAUACUUCGCCAGUCAUGUUUGCUUUGCUGCAUUCACCACUGCCUUCCCUACAUCACCUCACGAUCACGCCCUACGACGACGUAUCCAUCCCGACUUCUCUCGUUCCUGCCUUCAUUGAUCUUCACGGCUCGAAGCUUACCUCGCUUCAUCUAUAUGCUCACAAGUCAUGGCCGACGAUGCUGUUCCCUUCACCUACGACUCUUCUACACACAUGUCCGAAGCUCUAUCACCUUUCACUUGAGAACCCGCUUCCUACACUUUACAUUUGUUCUAUCUACCCUCGACAUCCUCUCCAAAUCCUCUCACUUCCGAGACCGAAUACUGAGUUCCUGAGGGUUCUCGAGUCCCUCUUACCCAAGUUGCCGUGCUUGACUACUGUCAGAGCGAGGGACGUGAGAUGGUUGAGGAAAGGUAUGACAUCAAGGGCUCAAGAGGCUGGUGUUCAAGGUGAACUGAAGGAAUGGAAGAGGAGGCUAGGCAGGCGAGGUAUACAAGUAUUGGAUGCAGAUUGGAAGAGCGGUGUUGACUGAUCUAUCUGAUUCCUUUUUGGCCUUUCAUCUGCUGAUGUUGUUAUACCACUACUGAUUAUAUUAAUAUGUCUUAAUAAUUGUGUUGUUGUAUCACCCCCGCUCAAUUGUAUAAACUCAGUGCUGUAUGUGUCAAUCAGUUUGCU